AUGUCAGAAGUUGAAAAAAUUUAUACAGAAGAUUUAAGAAAAGGUAUAUUACCAAGUAAAAUAAAAGGACGUGGAGGUAAUAAUGUAGAUUCAAUGGAGGUCGACAAUAGCGAAAGAUAUUCGGGCAAGGGCGGAGAAUUUCAUUCAUUAAAAAAUAACGAAGAAAAUUCAGAAGAAUAUGGACAACCAUUAAAAUCAAUUGAAGGUUAUAUUGUAUUUAUAUCAAAUAUUCAAGAAGAAGUUCAAGAACCAGAUAUUAUGGAUUUAUUUUCAGAGUAUGGCCAAAUUAAAAACAUUCAUUUAAAUAUCGAUAGAAGAACUGGUUUUAUAAAGGGUUAUGCAUUAAUCGAAUACGAAAAUAAAUCCGAAGCUGAAGAUGCUAUAAAGAAUGGUAAUGGUCUCGAGUUGGCCGGUAAUGCAUUACAUGUUGGUUGGGCUUUUAUUACUGGUAAUACUUCUUUACCAGCUCCAGUAUUUAAAACAAAUAAAAAGAAUUAUCCAAAAAAAGGUGAAAGAAGAUUUUAA